AUGGACAACGAUAUGUCAUAUUUUCGGAAAAAGGAUCAAACAGAGCUCAUGAAAUCUAAUGAUGUUGUGUUACCCAACUUCUACGAGAAGUUUGGGCAAUUGAUAGAAGAUUUUGACGUCAGAGACGAUGACAUUUGGGUCUGUGGCUUCCCGAAAACAGGAACUACAUGGUGCAAGGAGAUGACGUGGUGUGUAGCAAACGAUUUGGACUUCGAAGGUGCCAAACAAAAUUUACUUGAAAGAGUUCCACUUUUAGAGAUGUAUUCAUAUCAAGACUUUGAAAAAGCUAUGCAAGAUAACCCAGAUAUAGAAAUACCGAAGUAUAUAUUUGAUUCCAUAGGGUAUAUAAAUGGAUUGAAAUCUCCAAGAUAUAUCAAGACUCAUCUACCUUACCAACUUCUGCCAAAAAAACUUAGGGAAAAAUCUACCAAGGCUAAAAUCAUAUACAUGGCCAGAAACCCAAAAGACACUUGCCUUUCAUUUUUCCACUUUGCAACCCUCCUUGGUUCAUAUGAAGACAAUUUUGAAGCAUUUUGUGAACUGUUUAUCUCCAAUUCCUUAUGUUACAGUCCGUUUUUUGACCAUAUUCUUGGCUUCUGGAACCGAAGAGAUGAUCCACAAGUACUAUUCUUGAAGUAUGAAGACAUGAAACAGGACCUACAUUUGGUACUUCGACAAACCGCUCAAUUUUUAGGCAAACAUAUGAAUGACGAUCAACUGUUGGCUUUGGAAGACCACUUAAGUUUUAAAAGCAUGAAGAAAAAUAGUGCUGUCAGUGGCGAACCAUUUAUUGGUAUAAGCUUAAGAUUAUUUAAUGGAUCAAGAGGCAAAGGAAAUAUUAUAAGAAGUGGUAAUGUCGGCGAGGGUAAAACAAAUAUGACACCCGCGUUUGUGAAAAUUUUUGACGAAUGGGAAAAUAAGAGUUUAGAAAAAAGCGGAUUAAAGUUUUUAUGA